GGAAAAUCAUAAGGAUAGAAUUUAUUAUAGAGAUGCGACUUUCCCACCACCAAAUUAUAUUCCUCGUCAAAACUAUCAUGAAGAGGAAAUUGUUAAAGACUCAAAAUCAGAUGAAUCCGGUUCUUUUAGUUUUUUCCCUAAUUCUUCAUCUAGAUCAGAAAAUCAAGUCGGUGUAAUAGCAUUAAAAGCCAUAAAACUUACAUCAUCUAUGGGCGAUUCAAAAAUAUCUGAAAUAAGCAUGAAUAUUGGUCAACAGUCCCAACAGUCUAAUAACCUUACUGAUUCAUCGCAGCGGUUCAGCGAGCAUACAAAUUCAAAUUCAACAGAUGACCAAAUUGGUGUUGCUGUUCCAUAUACACCGUCGAGGAUUCUAUCUGACGACCCAAAGAUUUCAAACAUAUAA